UGUAAAUAUACCCUCCCCCAAACAAACUCCUCAUAGUGCCGAAAUCAAAUGAAGGGAGCGUUUAUAACCAUCUAUAACUAUAACAACGAACCAAAACAGUCCAGGCCUGCUUUUCAGAGCCUGAAUGUUCACAAAGGUGCGGUACUAGAUCGAGGGUCCCAGCCUCCCUUUGGCGGCUGGAGGUGGACGGGGUCCGGACCCGCUGCACCGUGACUGAUGGGCGGACAAUACCGGCGUGCAGCGCCCUAUUCGCACUGCCCACUGAUGCGAUGAAAGCACAGGACGUGGGAGAAAGGUACAAAGUCACGCUUCUGUUUCCUGACUAACCCCACCCCUAAAGAGAAGCGCACCCACCCCCUGGCCCACAGACGGGCAGUGCAGAGCAGACUGCAAACCCCGGAGAACCGGAGCUGGUGGACGCGUCGCAGCCCGCAACCCGCUGGAGUCAGACAGCGGAUCUUUUUAUUAUCAGCCAACAUGUCGCACACCGUGAUCACCACCACCACCACCACCAGGACGUCCGACGGAGGAUUCCUGAACGUCGGCUACAUACGGACCACCGGGGGCAUCCUGAAGAUAUCGCAGAUGGUUGCGCUCCUGGUGGCCUUCCUGUGUGUGCAUUGCGCCCGUGCCUGGCCGGACUGGCCGGCGUUCCGCUACUUCGAGGUGGUGACGCUGUGGUUCCUCUUCGCCUUUCUCAUCUUCUUCCUCAUGCACAUGUUCCGGCUGCAGGCCAAGAUCGCCUGCAUCAACUGGCCCCUCAUGGAGUUCCUCCACUACGCCGUUGGCUCCAUCCUGGUCCUCAUCGCCUCCAUCGUGGGCUCGGUGAAGAGCGGAGGGAUCUCGGUGCUGGUGGCGGGAUCGGUGUUUGGCUUCAUCGCGACCUUCCUGAUGGCUGUUAGUUUGUGGACGUCUUACAAAGUGAGCUGUGGCUCCCAGCAAACAGGUGCCAGUGUUUAAGGUCAGAGGUCACAUGAAGGAACACAUGGUCCUGGUGCUCUGUCAUCAGAUGGCUGUGUAGUAGUCAUGGCUAAUGGCUAGAAAUGGCAAGUUGGACACUGAAUUUACACCGAUUGGAUCAUUGAUCAGAACGUCGAGGGAACCAAAGUCUGCAAGAGUAGCAGUGCUGAUCCAGGACGGGUGCAAGACCGGACUACCUUUGUUUCAAGAUCGUCACAAACUCCUGAUCAGAACCUCUACUCUCACUUGGCUCUCGACUUCUAGGGCUAAAAAUUUAUAAUCAGUAUUACGGCAACAACAAUGCCACAUUUGAACGUGUCCCCUUUGCCUGUCAAUUCGGCUUGAAGUACAAUUUGGACUGAAGUACAUCUACUGCGAACCAAACACAAGUUAGGGUUAGCUCGAAGACUGGGUUCAGUGUAUCAAAUUAGCUGAUUCCAUUUUGGACAGAGGACACACUGAACGACCCUGGAGAAGGAUCACAAUACCUUCAUGAGGUGUUACGGAGUAGAGGGAAGAGGAUUUUAUUUUGGAGCCACACUAGCAUUAGGCACACAGGUAGGCCUUCGAGGUUUGGUUUGUGUUGACCUACUAGCUAGUUUGCGGGAUCUUUGUUCCAUUCCAAGGUCUGGAUUCACCCCUCUUUCUUUUUGGAAUGCUCACUUUUUUUGUACGUUGACUUUCUCUGACAACAGGAUAGUGCCUUGGGAGUCCACUUAAAAGACAACACAAAAUAGAAAAGAAUACCUUUUAACCUUUACGGCUUAUUUCCCUUCUCAUGUUAUUCUCCUGUUUUGCCAAACGUUUGCCAAAAAUGUCAGUUUACAAGUUUACAUUCACAUACAAAAAAGCAACUGAGGAGAACAGGUUGCAGGUCUAAUGGGGCUGGCAUCAUCGAGCCAAUACUGCCGCCCUUGGUGCCCGGUCGAAUCUAACCGCUUCAGGCACUGGGUAUUGUUACCACUCAUCCAUCCUGAAUUAGCCACGUUCUGUUCCAUCAGCAUACCCUCAUCCCACAUCACAGAAGCAAGAUACGCUCUGAAUGCAGUUUCAUGGGGUCCUUUACACCACCAGUACAACCAGUAUGAUGAGACCCGAGUUUGAUGACCAGUGUUAUGGGCCAGUGCUGUCUGAUGUCAGAAGAUGUCCAGCAAUGUGCUGCUGCUGAUAUUCCAGAGCGGUCCGGUUUGGACACUGCCACUCUAACAUCCCCAUCUUCAGGCUUCGCUGUGAAUGUCGAUCUUCUCUCAGUCGCACCGUGUACAAGGUUCUCCUCCCGGGAGGAACCAGGGGUGGAGCGAUGUCAUGCUCAGGCCACGCCCCUCCACCUGGUCAUGACGGGUCUUUAGGUGCCAUAGUGGGCCGUAACGUGCCUUAUAUCCAGCGUUGGAUCUUGUCAUGAGUCCAAGGCCACCUCCAUGGCAGCCACCAUGAAACCACAGCAACUUCCUUGAAUUAUUUACCGGGAAUUGCUCGCUGCGACUACCAGAAAUGUAUUCCUGAAGUUAUUGAAUCUCAAUACUAGGCUGCCUAGUAGCCAAAAGAGCUGGAGGCCAAGUCCGUAUUUUUUUUUACAAAUUCGGGUUUGAGAAUUUCAACCAGACGUAUCUUGCCUCGCCUAUUCCUAAUCGAUCAUGCCAAAACAUCCUCUUUUGGACCAUUAUGACGCAUGUCAGUUUUAAAAAAAAGCAGAGAUUCAUCUGUGACUAUCUUUUAUACUGGACUAGCAGAUUUUAGGAGUAGCUUUGCAAUUGUUUAAGCUAGUCUAUACAACUCAAUUCAAUGAAAAUAGAACAUCAUGGAUUAGCUAGAGCCGUGGUGGUUGAUGAUCAGGUGGUGAUGAUACGAAAACGACCCCAACGUCGGGAAGUGGCCGUAGAUCGUUCCAGACUUACUCCAGUUCUGCUGGUGAACACGAGUGUCGGGUCAUCCCCCAGAACCAUGGGCACCCUGUGUCUCCUGGCCUGUGUCUCCUGGCCUGUGUCUCACAAACCCAUUCGACCCAUCUGAUCCGACUGAAGUGAGUGGAGGAGGAAGUCUUGAACAGGGUUGACGUGGGACUGGUUUAGCGUUGUUCAGAGAUGUCUUUUGUCACAUUGUCCUUAUAAGGAGUGCUUUUGUGUUGCGUAACACUGGCUGACUGUUUCGUGGUGUGACUGCAUGACAAUAUUUGGACACAUUUCCAAUCUUCCAACAGGCUAAUGUAACCGUCAACUUCCUGGAAGCAGAAUGGAUUUGUGUUUUUUGCAACCAUAGUGUCAAUAGUCACCCAACGACAAUCACACUGUUUACAAUAUUUAUGACAUUUUAUAUCGCUAUUAUUGUUAAGCUAUCAGUGAUGUCACUCAUAUGUUUGUGAAGGGACUUUUGCUUUGCCACCACCUAGUCAUUUUGCUAGCACCUGAUAUCCAAAUUAGGCCAAUGGGAGGAGCUAAGAAUAGCCACCUGUCAAUCACCUCAGAUGUUUGGAGUGAGGCUUUAGCCCGGUAAUUGAAGCAACAGCUAGCUUAAAUUAGACAAACUGCAUUUAAAGAGUAACUACAGCCAUAGCACCAAACCGUACCAAGCACAAUUCGUUUUUUGUAAUUGUUAUAAGCUUUAGUCAAUCAGAAAGCAAUUGCAAAGUCCAAAGCCAAGAAGGAUACUUCAGACUAUAUAUAUCUCCGCAGAGACAACAUGGGAAAUCUCAAAAAAAAUAUCUGCGGUAAACCCAGAGAUAACUUUGCAUUCAGCCCUCAUACCAUUUGCUUUGCAGGGACCCAAAUACUGGCCCUCUAAGGAAACAAAUAACGGCUUAACAAUUGUAACAGUUGGAGGCGGUUUGGAUUUGAUUGGCUGUGAUCUGGGAACCCUGGUUAGGUCUGAGGUUAAAGAUGGCCUGGAGUGUUCAUUUGAUGUGGUUAUGGUUUUGGUGAGGAUUGGCGCGGUUAAGGCUAGGGUAGAGUGCUGAGGGUUAAUGUGGGCCUGGUUUGUGUCUGGGGUAGUUGUAGCUUGGUGUGGUUACGCUCCGAGUAAGUGCGAGUUUGGAGUGAGGGUUGACGUGGUUACAAACUGAGGGGGGUUGGACCAACAUACCGGCCAGAUACGUCGCCAGCUGGCAGCAAGCACUAAGUAGCUUGCCCUUGAGCUGACAAGCAGCCUCCUUAACAAUUGAACUUGGCUUUACAAUUCUAGCCAAGCCAAUCCCAGCGAGGCGUUUCCUAUCGCGCUGGGCUCUUACUGGUCAGUCGCCGUGGGAACGCCGCCCUGAUGCGAGCACCGACGUGAUUGGCUGGAGUGGAAUGCAUGUGCGCUUCACGGAAGAACAAGACGGUGCCUUGUUGACUCAAAGUUCAGUCUCCUAGCUAAAAGAGACCUCAUCUAAUUUAUUCAGAACUGCAGCUGCUUGUGUGAGGAAGUCGUCUCUGAGUGUCAGGCCGGUUGCAGCGAGCCCCAGAGGUGUGAUAACAACAGGAUGCUGAGAGCUUCCUCUCCCCAGGGUCGUCUGCGGGCCCCGGGCCCCCAGAGGGCCGUUAAGGGGCCCAGGGGGGUGCUGAGCAAAGUGUACUAUUUAAUUUCCCCUUUUUUAAAAAUGAUUUUUAUUUUUGAAGAUAUUUUCUAUGGUGUGUAUUAUUAUCAUCAGAUAUGUUUUAUAUUGUGCAUGCUCAGUGAAGAGUUUGGAUUUGCUGCACGUUGUAUUAAAGGCUGUUGCACCAUGCGCUGUGUUUUGUCUUCU